CGGCGCGGCGCGCGCUGACGGCCGCCGCCGCCGCAGCCGCUGUGGACGCCCGCACCGGCUGAACCCCGCCGAGCACAGCGACUCCGACGUUCCGCUCCUCAGACCGCAGCUAUGGGCUGGCUCGCUGGAGCCGCUGUCACCGGCGCCAUUGUCCUGGCUCUGGCGUCGGCCAACGAGGUCACCUUCUCCACCGCAGCCUUCGAACAGCGCGUCAUCCAGGAGGUCGGAGCGCGGAUGGAGCAGUUCGGCCAGCAGUACCUCAGCCGGAUAGAGCAGCUGCAGGUGGGCACCGCGCGUACGCUCACCCGUGUCGAGGACAAGCUGGGCCAGCUGCAGGAGCGCGCGCGCGUCUGGGACACCUUCCAGUCGGUGAUCACCUCGUGGACGGACCUGCUGGUCGGCACCGACCGCAAGAUGGACCUCCUCAAAGAGGGCAUUGACCGGACGGUCGAGCUGUAUGAGGACAUCACGCCCUACUCGGCCGUCUCGUAUGCCGUCGAUCAGCUGAACGCCCAGCUGGCCCGCCUGGUGGCCAAAAUACCAGAGUCUUCCGGUGCCAUGGUCAACGACUUCGCCAUCAAAGGCGUCAUGGCCACGCUCCGAGAGCUCAAGACCAAGAUCGAAGGCAUGAACCGACGGAGAUUUGUCAUCAAAAAGGUGGUCAACUCUGUGGAGUCGGAGCCGGGCGUGGUGUCGGCGGGCCCCGGCGCCGACAUCCAGUACCGGGACAUCCAGGACGAGCUGGAGGAGGCCAUCAGCAGCAACAACAUGCUCAACGCCAUCGAGGUGAAGCUGGACAGGAUCGCCGCCGUGGUGACGGAGCGCCGGCCGCCCGAGGUGCACGCCGCCCGCCGCCGAAACUCCACCGAGAGCGUGCUGCGCCAGGCACGGCCGCGGGUGCACGGCGAGCCGCGCGGCCGCCGCCGCCCGCCGCCGGGACGUCCGCCGCCCACCAGCGCCGCCGCCGCCGCUGCCGGCGUGGACAGCUCCGACGCACCGAGCUGCGACAAACUGCUCAAACAGUGGACUCAGAUGGAGCUCAACUUUGACCAGUUCGAGUCGGUGCGCGAGGCCGUGGGUCGGAUGGAGGACGUGCUCGACUACCGCACCUCCACCAUGGAAGUGAAGCUGGACCGGCUCGAGGACGUCCUGUUCCGACAGGGCUCCAAGCAGGACAAGAGCGACCUCUCGCUGCAGCGCCACCAGGAGGACGUCGUGGCGCGUCUCAAGACCAUCCGGCAGGCCGGCUCCGAGACGGUCGAGGCGUUCCGCAACGUCUCCGACACGACGGCGGCGCUGGCGGCGGGCCUGGGGCAGCACCGGGAGCGCACCGAGCAGCGGCAGGCCAACAUCAGCCGGCUGCUGGCUGAGCUGCACGACCACGGCCGGCAGGCGGCGACCAACUCGUCCCAGGCGCUGCAGGCACUCACCGAGGCGGUCAACAGCACGGCCGUCACCACCAUGGACCGGCUGUUCGCCGCGCUCGACCUGCUGGCCAAGCCGGCGGCGGGCGCGGAGGCGGCGACAGGCACGGCGGCGGCCGGCGGUCACCAGGCGGCCGGCGCGGGCGCGGCGCCCACCCAGCAGCCGCCGCCGCCGCCCGGGCCCGGCCUGCCCGGCCUGCGCGGCUGCGAGGACCUGGCCGAGCUCGGCAUGGAGAGCGACGUGCGCUACCGGUUCGGCGACGCGUUCGGCCCGCCGGUCGGCCUCGACUUCAUGGAGCGCUACUGCGACAUGGACACGGACGGCGGAGGGUGGACGGUAAUUCAGCGACGAAAUGAUUUUGGAACGCCAAAGCUAAACUUCAGUCAAGCAUGGAAUGCCUACAAACACGGCUUCGGAGACCUGGACAAGGAGUUUUGGUUCGGAAACGAAAACAUCCACAAGCUAACGCACGACCAGGAUGUGACUCUUCGAGUAGAUCUCGAAGACUUUGACGGAAACACCGCCUACGCCAUUUACACCAAGUUUAAAGUUUCAGGCGAGGACGACGGCUAUUACCUGGAGGUGGCUGGUUACCAUGGGAACGCGUCUGACUCACUGACGUCACACAACCUGAGCAAGUUCUCCACGUGGGACGUGACCAACGACAAGGCGCCGCCCUGCUGUCCCUGUGCCAACGCUUACGGAGGCGGCUGGUGGUUCAACAGCUGUUUCGAGUCCAACUUGAACGGCGAGUACCACACGCGGCCGCGUGACAACGACCACUACCACGGCAUCAUCUGGGAGCUGUGGAAGGGCGACUACUCGCUGAAGUCGUCCGAGAUGAAGGUGCGCGCCAUGUCGUACGUCAGGGAGCCGGCGCUGGCGGACGGGCCGGGCGGCACCGCGCCGCCGCCGCCGGCCGACCCGGCCGGGCCGUCCGGGCAGCUGGGUGUCGGCACGACGAGCGGUCCGGAGCCGACCGCCGCCGAGCCGCCCGUCACCGAGACCGCUCCGCCGGCCGUCAGCACGCCGGUAGAUCUGGGCGUGGAGCCGCUGAACGCGUGAGACGGCCCGCGUACCACAGCCGGCGACCGGGCGGCCGCACCGCGGGCGCCAGAAUCAGCAUACCAUAACACAGACGGGAGCACAGCUCGCUAAAAUGGAACGGAACAGCCCGACAGACGACAACUUUAAUGUAAAUAAGCGUCUUACACCUGUAUCAACACCAUAUACUGUUAUAUCGCGUUUUGCUGACCCUCUUCGGCGUCAUAUUCGUGCGCAUGCAUGUUUUCGCUGUGCGACCUAUUGACAGCCCAUACCAUUUUCGUUAUUACCAUAUCACUGUUUCUAUUAGCCAUGAUAUGCCCAACUUCAACAGGCAGAUCGAGGCAAGUCGAUCGGGUCAAUAAGACCAAGAGAUUUGUCAACUCACUCAUCAGUGUAGCUUUUCAUUGACAUGUUUUGCAUGUUAUUGGUGUUAAACUUGUGCUUAGGUAGCGCACUGUUUAUGAAGAACUUCAUGCCAGUUACGCACAUGUGUCUGAAUCUGAAUAGUGUAUAAAGUAUAGAACAAUCUAUGCUUGUGAAUUUG